UUGAUACGCUUCCUCGUUGCUUCCGGUGUGAUUUGUGAUUGCCUGAAGAGCACGAUGAUGUCCAGUCGGAGGAUCGAGUGCGUUUUCUUCAGUGAGUUCCAUCCGACCCUCGGCCCCAAGAUCAGUUACCAGGUUCCUGAGGAGUACAUCUCGCGGGAGCUGUUUGACACCGUCCAGGUUUAUAUAAUCACCAAACCCGAGCUCCAAAACAAGCUGAUCACAGUCACCGCCAUGGACAAGAAGCUGAUCGGUUGCCCGGUGUGCAUCGAGCACAAGAAGUACAGCCGCAACGCCUUGCUCUUUAACCUGGGCUUCGUGUGUAACGCCAGGGCCAAGACGUGCGCGCUGGAGCCCAUCGUCAAGAAGCUGGCAGGAUACCUGAAGACGCUGGAGCUGGAGUCCGGCUUCAUCUCUAAUGAGGACAGUAAGCAGCGGCUGGUGCCCAUCAUGAGUAUCCUGCUGGAGGGGCUGAACUCCACCGGGGAAUGCUCCCUGCCUAUAGAUGAAAGUAACACCAUGCACCUGAAGGUGAUAGAGCUGCGUGCGGCGCCCCCUACAGCCCAGGAGUACGACGUGCCCGUGUUCACAGAGGACAAGGAAGAGUUCUGUAACGCACAGUGGGAUCUGACAACGCAGCAGAUUCUUCCGUACAUUGAUGGUUUCCGUCACAUCCAGAAGAUCUCGGCUGAGGCGGAUGUGGAGCUGAACCUUGUGCGGAUAGCGAUCCAGAACCUUAUGUAUUAUGGGGUGGUAACUUUAGUUUCCAUCUUCCAGUACUCCAAUGUGUAUUGCCCGACGCCCCGGGUGCAGGAGCUGAUUCAUGACAAGGCUCUGCAGGAGGAGUGCGUCUCCUACAUCAGUAAACCAGGUCUGAAGCGGCCAAGUCUUCGCGACGUCUUCCAGCUGUACUGCGGCCUCAGCCCGGGCACUACCGUCCGCGACCUUAUUGCCCGUCACACACAGCAGCUGCAGAAAGUGGACGAAAGGAAACUCAUCCAGUUUGGGCUGAUGAAGAAGCUGAUCCGAAGACUCCAGAAAUACCCGGUGAAGGUGUCCCGCGAUGAGCGCAGCCCCCCUGCUCGCCUCUACACUGGAAGCCACAGCUACGACGAGAUCUGCUGCAAGACAGGAAUGAGCUACCGAGAGCUUGAUGAGCGACUGGACACCGACUCCAACAUCAUUGUGUGCAUGAAGUAAAGGGAGCGGAGACGGGCAGGAGAACCGCGGGAGCGGAGGGGGGCCGAGCAGGAGAACCGCGGGAGCGGAGGGGGGGCCGAGCAGGAGAGCCGCGGGAGCGGAGGGGGGGCCGAGCAGGAGAGCCGCGGGAGCGGAGGGGGGGCCGAGCAGGAGAACCGGGGGGGCCGAGCAGGAGAACCGCGGGAGCGGAGGGGGGGGCCGAGCAGGAGAACCGCGGGAGCGGAGGGGGGGGCCGAGCAGGAGAACCGCGGGAGCGGAGGGGGGGGCCGGGCAGGAGAACCGCGGGAGCGGAGGGGGGGGCCGAGCAGGAGAACCGCGGGAGCGGAGGAUGCCUCGCACACGCCAGCCACAGAUACGGAUGUUUCCUGCCCCUCUUAAUAAUAAGGAUUUACAGCUAAGGGUUGUCUUCAGCGUUUGUUCAGUCAGUAUACAGAUAUGUGGGGGGUCCUAUACUGCUCCUCGGAAUUACUGCGAGGCCUUCUGCACAGAUAAGUGGUGAAUCUUGGGGGGCCGUACCGACAUCCCACCAUCCUGCAGGAUGUUACACUGAUGGGGUGGACGCAGCUAAUGUCCCUUGUCAGGUGCACUCUCUCGGCGAACCGGGUGGGGCGGCUGGUCUCUCUCGGUUAACUUUGGGGGGGGGGGGGGGGGGCUUCUUUCUCUCGGCCAGCUAUGGGCUGACUGCGGUCUCUCGGCCAGCUUGUGGAGACGGCUGCUCUCUUGGCCAGAUUGGGGGGGGGGGGGGGCGGC